AUGCCUCUUCAAUCCAACCCAGCUGCGGAAUAUGCACAAAUUAAAACUGUGGCAGGAGUGUGCCUCGUUGGAAAAAAAUGUUCAGGUGACAUACGAGGGCUGUGCACUGGCACGGUGGUGUCCUUACACGAAAGCAUUGUCUUAGUUACCAGUGAAAGGAUCAUUCCUAGUAAAGAAUAUUUAGCCAAGGUGAAGCAAAAUUCGAAUGAGUGGAAUAAGGGCGAUUACGUUUUGUGCUUCAAGUCAAGGAAGAAAAACAAACUGAAAAUAUACAAUCUUGACAAAGUAACGGAGCCAAACAAAGGAGUACAUUUCGAUCACCGUUUGGUAAUGAUUCAUUUGGACUCAAAGAAACUGAGUGAUAACUUUAAAAAAUAUCGCCCUUUCAAAGCCAACGACAACAAAAUAACUGACCCCAAGCCUUUUAAAGGCUCAAUUUGCCAAAUUGUGAACGGAAAUUCUAAAAGUUUUAUGGUAGAAUCCUAUGAAAUCAUAUAUGAUAAUGAUAAAGAAGUCCUUCGUGCAAGAUCCACUCCCGGAGCAUCAACUUUUGAUACUCUGUCAAAACUUACUGCUGGUGGAGCUUUCAGUGAUCGUCUUGCCUUUGGAGGUGGCAUUUUCAAGGAUGAUGCUUUUGUUGGUGUUCUUAUAUUCGGUGAUGAUGAUCUG